CAAAAGGUAUAAAGGCCAGCAGUCCCCCUUUCCAGUCCCGACACAUCUACUGCUCUGUCGAUCGCUGUUGAUCUUUUAUUUUCCUCCUCACGACCAACCACGUCUCAAACAGCAACCAUGAGCCAGCUAGAGACAGCCAUGGCCCUCCUGAUGCAGACCUUUGAUAAAUAUGCUGCUGCUGAGGGCGAUAAGAACACCCUAACGAAAAAUGAGGUGAAGACUUUGUUGGAGAAGGAGCUGCCUGACCUGAUCAAGGCUGCAAAGGACAAAGGCCAGGUGGAAAAGCUGCUGAAGGGUAUGGAUUUUAGCGGAGACCAAGAGGUCGACUUCAGCGAAUUCAUAGUGAUGGUAGCUGCCCUCACCUGUGCCUGCCAUGGCCGCUCUUGUAAGAAGUGAGCAGGACCACCGCAACAUGGGGUGUGGCCAAAUGGCAGCAACGAUGGCAUAAAAUCCCUGUGGUGACUGUUUCCUGAAACAUUUCAAUAAAAUGAUUUAUUUACCUGUG